UUACUUUUGAAAUUCUUCUGAAAUCAUCCACAUCGCGACUUUCUCUCUCGAGAGAUCGAUUGACUCUUCUCUUCUCCUCCAUCGCGUCUCUGCUCCCUCGCUCUCCCUCGCUGUCGCGUCUCUGCUCCCUCGCUCUCCGUCGCUGUCGCGCUGUCGCGUCUUCUCCCUCGCCGACGGCGGCCGACGACCCUCCGACCCUCGCAACUCUCACUCUCUGUUUUCAGAAUGGAAAGAAGACAUCACGUUUUCUCUGUAGAUCUUCUUGAAAGAUAUGCCACAAAAGGCCGUGGAGCCAUUACAUGCAUGGCGACUGGCAAUGAUGUCAUCGUUCUUGGAACCAACAAAGGCUGGGUGAUCAGACAUGACUUUGGAGUGGGUGAUUCUUAUGAUAUAGAUCUCUCUGUUGGCAGGCCUGGGGAACAAUCAAUUCAUAAGGUUUUCGUUGACCCUGGAGGGAGCCACUGUAUUGCCACUGUUAUUGGCAGCAGUGGUGCCGAUACAUAUUAUACUCAUGCUAAAUGGACAAAGCCACGUAUUUUGAGCAAACUAAAAGGUCUUGUUGUCAAUGCUGUCGCCUGGAACAGACAACAUAUAACAGAAGCUUCAACUAGAGAAAUCAUUUUGGGUACGGACAAUGGUCAACUUUACGAGAUGGCUGUAGAUGUAAAGGAUAAAAUGGAGAAGUACAUUAAGUUACUAUUUGAACUUAAAGAACUACCUGAGGCAUUCACUGGUUUGCAGAUGGAAACAGCAAGUGUGCACAAUGGUACCAGAUUUUAUGUGAUGGCUGUUACACCUACGCGACUUUAUUCUUUCACGGGGAUUGGAUCACUUGAUGCCAUUUUUGCAAGCUAUGUGGACCGCACAGUUCAUUUCAUGGAGCUUCCUGGUGAAAUACCUAACAGUGAACUGCACUUCUUUAUCCAGCAAAGGAGGGCUGUACACUUCACGUGGCUUUCUGGAGCAGGUAUCUACCAUGGUGACCUAAAAUUUGGAGCACAACGUAGUUCGCCAAAUGGGGAUGAAAACUUUGUGGAAAAUAAAGCUCUUCUGGACUACUCUAAAUUCUCUGAAGGAGUUGAAGGUGUCAAACCUAGCUCUCUGGCUAUAUCCGAGUUUCAUUUCCUACUUCUCCUUGGCAACAAGGUUAAGGUGGUGAACAGGAUAAGUGAACAGAUAGUUGAAGAACUUUAUUUUGAUCAGACAUCUGAUGCAGUUUCAAGAGGUAUUAUUGGCUUAUGUAGUGAUGCCUCAGCUGGGUUGUUUUAUGCAUAUGACCAAAAUUCUAUCUUCCAGGUGUCCGUAAAUGAUGAAGGUCGUGAUAUGUGGAAAGUGUACUUGGACUUAAAAGAAUAUGCUGCAGCUUUGGCUAGUUGUCGUGAUGCCCUGCAGAGAGACCAAGUUUAUCUGGUUCAGGCUGAAGCUGCUUUUGUUGCCAAGGAGUUCCUCAGAGCUGCAUCAUUCUAUGCAAAAAUUAAUUAUGUAUUAUCUUUUGAAGAGAUCUCAUUGAAGUUCAUUAGCAUAGGCGAACAGGAUGCACUGAGAACAUUUCUCCUGCGGAAGCUUGAUAAUCUUUCAAAGGAUGAAAAAUGUCAAAUAACAAUGAUUUCGACAUGGGCUACUGAAUUAUAUCUUGAUAAGAUCAAUCGGCUGCUUCUAGAAGAUGAUGAUGCUUUGGACAGUAAUAAUACCGAGUACCAAUCACUCAUUAAAGAGUUUCGUGCUUUCCUUAGUGACUGCAAGGAUGUAUUGGAUGAGGCAACCACCAUGAAACUACUAGAAAGCUACGGUAGAGUUGAUGAGCUAGUGUUCUUUGCUAGUCUAAAGGAGCAAUACGAAAUUGUGCUUCACCACUACAUUCAGCAAGGAGAAGCAAAGAAGGCGUUACAAGUUCUUCAGAAGCCUAAUGUUGCAACAGAACUUCAGUACAAGUUUGCACCAGAUCUCAUCAUGCUUGAUGCAUAUGAAACUGUUGAGUCAUGGAUGACCACUAAGAGUUUGAACCCGAGAAAGCUCAUUCCUGCAAUGAUGCGUUAUUCAAGUGAACCACAUGCAAAGAAUGAAACUCAUGAAGUAAUCAAGUACCUGGAGUAUUGUGUUCAUCGUUUACAGAAUGAGGAUCCCGGAGUUCACAAUCUGUUACUUUCCUUAUAUGCCAAAAAGGAAGAUGAGAGUGCUCUUCUGCGUUUCCUAGAAUGCAAGUUUGGUAAAGGGCAACCAGGUGGACCUGAAUUCUUUUAUGAUCCCAAAUAUGCGCUACGCCUUUGCCUCAAGGAAAAGAGAAUGCGAGCUUGUGUUCAUAUAUACAGCAUGAUGUCUAUGCAUGAAGAAGCAGUUGCCCUGGCAUUACAGGUUGAUCCAGAGCUUGCUAUGGCUGAAGCAGACAAGGUAGAAGAUGAUGAGGACUUGAGGAAGAAGCUUUGGCUUAUGAUUGCUAAGCAUGUCAUUGAGCAGGAAAAAGGAACCAAAAGGGAGAAUAUACGAAAGGCAAUUGCUUUUCUCAAGGAAACUGAUGGUCUGUUAAAGAUUGAGGACAUUUUACCCUUCUUCCCAGACUUUGCUUUAAUUGAUGACUUCAAGGAAGCAAUUUGUUCAUCCUUAGAAGAUUACAAUGAGCAAAUUGAAAAACUAAAGCAGGAGAUGAAUGAUGCAACCCGUGGUGCCGAUAACAUUAGAAAUGACAUCAGCGCUCUUGCUCAGCGAUAUACUGUAAUUGAUCGGGAUGAGGAAUGUGGGGUUUGCCGGCGGAAAAUAUUAAAUGUGGGUGGUGACUAUCGAAUGACUACAGGUUAUAUGGCUGUUGGACCAAUGGCUCCUUUCUAUGUCUUUCCAUGUGGGCAUGCAUUUCAUGCACAAUGCCUGAUUGCUCAUGUGACGAGGUGUACUAAUCAAGCUCAAGCUGAAUACAUUCUGGAUCUGCAGAAGCAACUUACUUUACUUGGGGCUGAACCUAAGAAUGUUUCAAAUGAUGGCUUGUCGGAAGAACCGCUAGCUAGUGUGACACCUAUGCAUAAGAUCCGAUCACAGCUGGAUGAUGCUGUAGCUAGUGAUUGCCCAUUUUGUGGCGACCUUAUGAUCCGAGAGAUUUCCAUGCCGUUCAUCUUGCCAGAAGAAGCAGAAGAAUCUGAAUCCUGGGAGAUAAAGCCACAUAAUUAUCCUAGUCAGAGAAGCCUUUCUUUGGCUGUGUGAUUUUGUCAUCUGUUAGUGCAGGUCUCUCCCUGCAAUUAUUUAUUUGAUGUUUCCCCAGAAAAGGUUUAAAAAAAACAAACAUGUUUGAGGUGUCAAAAACAACUGCUUGUUUGCUGUGUGCUAAUUUAUCAGGUUUGGUUGUAAUUAUUGCAACCUGAAGCUAAUGCAAGCAACAGAGGCUAUGUUGUUUGUAGGGGCAAGAAAUUGCUCGAUGAUAUUUCACGAAUCAUUGUGCACCAAGCAUCAUCUUGGAAAAGAAGUGCUUAUUUUUAUUUUCUUUUGCGUACUA